AUUGAUGCAAAGGUCACGAGAGAUGAAGCAUUUUCAAAUUGCGAUCAUUGUCGUGCUGAGUGUCCUGGCCAGGGAUCUGUUGGUUAGCUCGGCAACAGGUUGUCCUCGUCGCUAUCUGAGGCGCAUCAAUGGCAAAUGCUACUAUUUCUCAGUGAAAAAGAUGAACUGGUUUGGGGCUCUGAGCAAUUGCCUGCGCAAGGGUCUAACGCUGGCCGAUCUGAGCAAUCCCAAGGAUUUUUAUGGAGCCAUUGACUUUCUCAGCUCCAAGGGCAAUAUGGAGGACUUUUGGUUUGGCGGCAACGAUCUGCAGACCGAGGGACGCUAUCAAUACAUUAGCAAUGGUCGCUUAGUGAAAUACUAUGGCAAUUACAGUGUCGUUGAUCCGGCCGAGCACUCGGGUUGCGAUGAUUGCCUGGAGGUGCGCAUUCGCACCAACAUGACGGUUGUGGCCGAUGACAAUUGCCUGGAGCGACAGUAUUUUAUCUGCUCGGAGCGCUACUGUGACCAGGUGAAUGCCAAGAAGCCACGUCAUCACAGCCAUGAGCAUCUGCAUCACUUCCAUCAUGACAUUGGCGAGCCCAGCGAGGAGAUUGAACAAGAUCUGAAUACACCAUCGCCAUUCGACAGUGCACCCGAUGAGAGCAUCAAAAAUGAAUCUGAGCAGGAUAUUCUACCCGAAGAUGUGCCGGAUGAAACGAGUCCAGAUGCAGAAAGCUCCGAGCCCGAAGAAGGUGCUACGGAUGCUACGGAAGUGACCGCAGCUGCUGAGCACGCUACAGUUGCUGGUGAGGAAGACAAAGCUGCCGAAGGAGAAGCAGAAAGUUCAACAGCAGCUAGCCCAACAGCUGAGGAAUCAAAUGCACCAGCAGCUGAAGAAGGAGAAGCACCUGCACCUGCAGCGGAAGCAACCGCAGCAGAAGGAGAAGCACCCGCAGCAGAAGGAGAAGCACCAGCAGCUGAGGGAGAAGCACCAGCAGCCGAGGGAGAACCGACGCCCUCCAAACGAAGAUAGGAUUGACGAUAGAAGAACACCCAAGACAUUCACUUAAGUCAAGUUUUACGUGCAUAAAAAAAAUAAAUCAUAUAAAUACAAUAA